UAUAUAUAUAUACACACCUUCGAUAGAUGUAUAGGUUGUAUUAUUUUACUAGCCUUAUAUAUUGAAAUGAGUAGGGUUUUUUAAAUCGACAAUGUAUAUAUUUUAAAUGUAAAAUAGUGUGGAACUUUUUUGUUGUUUAAAUUUUGCAUAAUUUAGAUUUAAACUAGCUCUAGAUUUCGUUCAGUGACGUUAAAAAUACGUACCUUUCGUAGUGGGGGAUGGGUAAGAGUAGUAGUCUCUUAGGGAAAUUGUUUCAAAUCGAAUCUUGGCGGCUAACUAGCUAUCUACGUUGCACAAGAAACCUUCAAACUUUAGCUAAUCUAGCUAGAUAACGGAUGAUUACCCUGAAAUAUUUUCAGUAUUGUAGCUAUGUGUCCCUCAGUUUGAUGUACGUAGUAGUUUGGAUUAGGCCCCAUGCAAAAACAAUAUGCAUUUAUAGGGACUGUAGCCUAUUUUCAUUAACCCAUGUUAUUGGUAAAUAUUGGGAUAUUUUUUUUUACUAUUGCAAGUUGUAGUUUAUUACCUUGUGGCCAUGUGGAUUCGAGUAGUCAUUGUGUGGGACGACUGGCUUUUCUUUUAUGUUUCACUGUCCUUUAAUUGUUAAAUAUGAAACACGUGUGCAGUCUUUGUUAAGAUUUUUAAGAGAAGAAACAAGUGCUGAAGUUGCUGCGUCAUUUUAGGGCAGACUGUGUUCCUAGGCCACAUAGGGGAGACUUUGACGCUGGUUUUUGUUGGCUACGUUUUAGAAUUUACCUGAGGUGUGAGCAACACUAGGAUUGCGUAGACACUUCGUUUUGCAGUACAUGAUGGCUGGCGACAUACAAAUCAUAUUUUUAUCUGGUUGUACAGUACGAACGUGGUUAUUUUACAUUACUAUCGCGGUGAUGUUCUAAAAUGGCGACUUCGUUGAGUUGGAACCGCUUUAGCGUGGACUGAAGUCCCGAGUGUCGCUUUUGUCCGAUAUCCGUAACUGAUCGAACGAGCCAAUAGCAUACCUCGAAUCGUCCACGGAUAGUCGCGCCUGCGGUUUUGUGACCAUUGAGCAAUAUGUGUGUACGCAUAUUUACCGAAUUAAUUGAAGAUAAUUUAUGGAUUUAUACCGAACUUAAUCGCCUAAUACUUGUUUUGUGUUGUCUGCGUCUCACAAGGAAUGGCGAAUUCUAGCCGUUUUUGUGAAAUCGUCAACUGACAUGCAUGCGUCAACCUUUGUGCGUAGCAAGGCGUGGCUUGUGUGAUUGACGAGCACGGUUGCGUAUAGAAUGCGCGGAGGCGUGCGCGCGUGCAGUUCCAUUAACCAAUGAAGUUGUUGUAAGGUUUAUAAAGGUUCGGGCGGAGCCAGUGCGUCGCCAUUUCACUGUAGCUGUGGCUGGGGAGUUAAAGGAAGUUAGCGGUGCAAGGUCGGGAGGCUCACAGCUUUCAAGGGACCCGGUUUUAAUUCAUAAUCCAGAUCCAUCCUGAUGAAGGCGGCCAUAAGCCCGCCCCUUGACAGUGACAUGGGUGUUCAGGGGUUCACAAUGAUGGAGCAGCCUAUUUCUGGCCCUGGGAAGCGGAUACGCAAGCCAUCACUGCUCUAUGAGGGCUUUGAGGGCCCUGUACACCCACAUGCUUUCUCCACUGGACCGCCCCGUCCUCCUACUCGAGAUCCAAGCCGGCAGGGUCGAAUGACCAACCAGCUCCAGUUCCUCCAGAAAUCUGUCAUGAAGUAUCUCUGGAGGCACCAUUUUGCUUGGCCUUUUCAUGAGCCUGUUGAUGCUACAAAGCUCAACCUGCCUGACUACCAUAAGAUCAUCAAACAGCCGAUGGAUAUGGGCACGAUUAAGAAGCGACUAGAAAACAACUAUUACCGCAGUGCUACUGAAUGUCUGCAAGACUUUAACACCAUGUUUACUAACUGCUACAUCUAUAAUAAGUCAACAGAUGACAUAGUUUUGAUGGCUCAGUCUCUGGAAAAGGCCUUCUUACAGAAGGUAGCACAGAUGCCACAAGAGGAGGAGGAGCUACCCUCACCUGUCCCAAGGGGCAAACCUGGCAAAGGCCGCAAAGCCAUAUUUUCAGGUGGGAUAACGACUGUUCACCAGGUCCCUGCUGUAUCUUCAGUGUCUCAAUCUGCAUACUCUCCUCAUACCCCGGAUAUGCCAGACUCACUUCUCUCCACCCCACCACAGAUGCUACUAGCCAAGAAUCCACUGCCCACUCCUCUCAGUGCCCCUGCAUUGAUGGGUUUGCCCCCCACCCAGCCCACUGCAAAGAAAAAAGGAGUCAAGCGCAAAGCUGAUACCACUACCCCCAUGGCCAUGCCCCUUACCAUUGGUGUUGGCGGUAUGGGUCUAGGCAUAGGCAGUGGGGGUGACUCUCCCCUGACCCUCUCUGCUCUUGGAAUUAACCCAAAUCGUGACCUUGGCCUUGCCAUUGUCCUUGGAGGAGGUCUGGUUGGAGGGAAAGUGCCAGCAAGACGAGGAGGCAGUGGUAGACCCAUCAAACCACCACGGAAAGACUUGCCAGAUUCACAGAACCAGCAUCAGCCAGUGCGGAGGGGGAAGCUAAGCCGGCAGCUACACUACUGUAAUGGGAUCCUUAAAGAGCUGCUAUCAAAGAAACAUGCAGCAUAUGCCUGGCCUUUCUACAAGCCCGUUGAUGCGUCAUCAUUGGGGAUACAUGACUACCAUGACAUUAUCAAGAAUCCAAUGGACCUCAGUACAAUUAAGUGUAAAAUAGAUCAGCGAGAGUACAGGGAAGCACUUGAAUUUGCAGCUGAUGUUCGACUAAUGUUUUCAAACUGCUACAAGUACAAUCCACCUGACCAUGAUGUGGUGGCUAUGGCUAGGAAACUACAGGAUGUGUUUGAGUUCCGUUUUGCCAAAAUGCCUGAUGAGCCCCAGGAUUCCCUCCCAUCUGCCUCUCUAGGCAGUGGUCUAGGUGGUCAUUCUUCGUCUUCCUCCUCCUCUUCCUCGUCUUCAUCUUCUGAGAGUGAAAUAAGUAGUGAGAGUGAGAGCAGUCCUAGCUCAGAUAGUGAGGAGGAGAGAGCACAUCGUCUGGCUCAGCUUCAGGAACAGGUCUGUACGCAGCUGAGGGCAGUACACGAGCAGCUGGCUGCUCUUUCUUCAGACACAAUAAUCAAGCCAAAGAAAAAGAAAGACAAGAAGAAAAAGAAAAAGUCAGAGAAGCAUAAGCGAAGCAGGGCUGUGGCGGAUGAUGAGGUGGUCAUCCGGGCAUCCAAAAUGCCCAAAAUCACAAAGACAGCGAAGAGUAGGAACAACAGCAAGGCAACAGCGUCCUCCACACAAGGCAAGAAGGGACCCAGCAGGAAGAGCAGCAAGAACAAAUCCUCAAAGAAGUCUCAAGCAGCAUGUUAUGGUUCUCAGGCCAUGGCCCUCCCUCCCCACUACGACUCAGAGGAAGAGGAGGAGAGCAGCCCUAUGAGUUAUGAUGAGAAACGACAGCUGAGCCUGGAUAUCAACAAGCUUCCUGGUGAGAAGCUUGGUCGCGUGGUACAUAUAAUUCAAUCACGUGAACCUUCAUUGCGUGACACCAACCCAGAGGAGAUAGAGAUUGAUUUUGAGACACUCAAGCCAUCCACGCUGCGGGAGUUGGAACGCUACGUCAUGACAUGCCUACGCAAGAAACCUCGAAAGCCAUACCUAGCAAAGAAAGGUGGCACUGGCAAGUCCCGUGAAGAACUGGCUCUGGAGAAAAAGAGGGAGUUGGAAAGGAGAUUACAGGAUGUAAGUGGGCAGCUCAAUUCAACCAAGAAACCUCCCAAAACCAAAGUGGACAAACCCAGUGUGGCAGAACCUCAUGCUAUGGCAUCUCGUCUUAGUGCCAGCAGUUCUAGCUCUGACUCUUCCUCUUCCUCCUCCUCCUCCUCCGCCUCCUCCUCAGACUCUAGUGACUCAGACUCAGGUUGAAUGAGCAUUUAAUAGAAGUGGACACACUUGCAUGCACAUGUUCUACUGGACUGACAAAAGAGCCACCAUUUUGUAAUGCACUGGAUGGCGAGGAACUGGAAAUAGUGGAAGAAGGUAAAUUAGCAAAGGAUUAAUGAAAGUUUUCCAGGUAUCUAUGUUCAUCCAAGUUGGUGGAUGAACAGAGUAGCAAUGCAAAAAUAAAUGCUCUUGCUGCUGGAAGAGAGGAAAAGUUUUGAAGGAGGGAUGAUUCUGAAAUGUUGUGUGAAGAGGAAUGGCAUGCUCCCUUUUCUGCUGGAACUUAAUUGCUUUGUUCAUCUCUAUAAAUACACACAUACAUAUUUCUGUGUGUAUGUGUGUGUAUGUAUAUGUAUAUAUUUGUUUCUUUUAUAAAGAAUUUAAACAAAUUCCCUAGUGGGGAACAUCAGAAUUGUCUUGGGUGGAUUGGUUCUUUUUUUCUUUUUUUCUUUUUUUUUUUUCUUUUUUUUAAAGCUGUUUUCAUAAAGAAUAAGAUAAGGGGUAGAGCUGUUGUCAAUUUUGUUUUAUGAGUGGGUAUGUAUUUGUGUGUGCUUGUGCUUUAUAUUCAAAAUUCCAACCUAGUUAUGACAGACUUGCCCAUACAAAAAUUGAAGUAAUGUUUUGUAGCUUGACCCUAAAUUCUUCUUUUGAAUAAACUUCAACAAUUACAUUUUGGACCAUGAAGACUUCAAAAUGGACUAUUGAAGGUGCAAUUGAUCCAGAAGGAUUCAUGGAUCAAACAUACAGUUUGCUUUACUAUAAAACUAUAGCUAUACAAGGAAAGGAAUUUUUUCCCUGAAAAUAUGUACAUAUGGAGAGUCAUACAGCUUUUGAGUAUGUAUGCAAACCACCAUGUUUACUGCUUUUUGCUGUUUUUCCUUUGUAUUUCUUCUUUAAAUUUUUUU